UUCUUAAAACAAGAACCUUAUAGAACCAUACCUAAAAAAUUAAGAGAUUAUGGAAGUAAACACGCUUCUAGAAUCCAUGGUGGUAAGAAACCAACACCCCAACAUCUUAAACUGCUUUCGAGAAUCGCAAUGAGGCAAGAAUCAGACCACCUUGAUGCAGGUGAUAAUUAUGCUAUAGGCGAUACAGAAUCAGAAGAGUCUGACUCCGAACCAGAGACAAGCGACAGUUCAAAACCUCAAAUACAGGCUUCUUUGUCAUCUCAAACAAUAGAAAUGGAUUCAAUGUUAGCUGAAAUUGAUGCAAU